AGGUAAAUAAGGGGAAAUAUAACAUGGCUGCCUUCGAUAACAGCCUAAGCUGGAUUUCAUAAUUUAUUCUCACUUUUCGUGACUAAUUCUUCAUUUAAUUGGUUAAAACAAUAAGAAAAAGACUGGUAAGAUAUGUAUUAAUAUAGUUAUGUAAAAAUAUUUAUUUUUUACUAUAAAAAAAUACAUUAGUUUAGAAUCUAAAAUUCAGAAAUUGAGUCAUUCUUGUCUCAUUGUGAUUGUCAUUGACUCAUUACACAUUGAACUCAUUCAUCAUUCAAACUCAUACUCAUACUCAUUAAAUUUGUGGUUAUUUUACUGAAUUAAUGCGAGAGAUCUUAUUCAGAUUGAAAUGAGAUAAGUUGGUCUACCGCUUUGUCUGCUAGAAUUGUCUUAAAAACUAACCUUGUCUUGAAACUCUUGAAAUAUUGUUAACUUUAAACUUUAAACUUAAUAAUACUUUCACUGUUCACAUUACUAUUCUAAUAGUUAUUACUUCUUGUACUUGUAUAAAAAAUAAAUAGGCCUAUAGACUAUAGUUUUAAUCAUAAAUUAUGCUUUACUUUAUUAGACUUUAGAGAGUUUACUACUAACUUAAUGAAAUGUUCAUGACAUUAAUCAUUAAUAAAUUAAUAUUUAACCAUAUAAUUAUUAAGUUGUUUUUUUUUAAAAUUAUUAAUAGAAUUAGCCUGUGCUUUAAACAGUCUGAGACAGACCCACUGACAAAACACUUCAACAACAUUAGACUCAUUAAAGUAAUUUAGUAUCAGGGCCCCCUUCCAAGUCCAAAGCCUCUAAAUUCUAAGUUUGUAUGUCUAAAUCUAGUGUUUUUAUAUGUAUAAUGUAUUAUUAACUAUUAUACAAUGUCAAUUAGUUUUCCAAACAAAACUUUUAGAAGCAUGAUUGAGAAUUACAUAUUAAUAACUUGCCAUAACUUAGGCUAAUUCAUGGAUUCACUUUCACCUUGCCUUAUAGUAUUAUGUUUUUACUUAGCCUCAGACUCAUACUCAUACACUACAUUUUUAUCUGUUUGUUGUAGUAGUAGAAGUACUAGCUUGCCCCAAGAAAAAGGGCUUGCAGGCAGAGUGUCACAUACUGUCAUCAGUUUUAACAAGUUUAAUCUGUUGUUUUACAAUAACUCAUUAAUAAACAGUACCGGUACAAAAUGAAGGGACGAUACCAUUGAUUAAAUGUCAUAAAGAAAGAACAAAUUAACAAUAAUCUAUUUAUUUAUACUAUUACUAUUAGAUUUUAUAUCAAAUUACAAAAUCCAUAUAUAUAGAAAUUUUUUUUUUACAGAACUUGAAUAUGUAUAUUAAAUGGAAAUGUAAAAAUAUUAAUCCUUACAAUACAAUACAAAACAUGUAAGUCUUGUAAGUCUCUUGAAUGUCUACCGGUCACAGUAGAUCGUCUUAUUUAUAGUUAGUGAAUAAAAACUUUCCAAAAUAGAAAGUCCAGAAACUCAACCUUCAGAGAGUAGAUUCUACCUCCAUGUCCAUGUAGAACCCUCUGGAAAUCGUGUAAACAAACUUCCUGGAUCAACGGAGGUGGGUAAUGAGUGGCAGGAAGCUGCACCUAGUUAAUGGGUGAAGACAUAGAAAUAACAACAAGAGAGACAACUCUACAAUGCAAACCCCAUGCUGAAUCAAAAUUGAGGUCAUCAAAGUCCACAGGCUGGAUCGAGUCACAAUUCAGCAGUUUUUUAAAAAAAAAUUAAUAAUUGGGCAAAUACCAAUAGCAAAAUUUUAGUUAAACACCAGUAAAAAAAAAUCAGUGAGGCAGAAAGUGAACUCCAAAAUGAUCAAAUGUAAUGAAUAGUAAUGUAUUCUAAUGGGGCAGUUCUUUCAAUUUUAUGCUCAAAAUGAUAAUGGACAUGUUUUUGAAGAAGAGUUCCCUCUCUUAUAAUGACUAUGAUAGUUAUCACCUGCCUAUUCCACCUGCCUAACUAUUUGUAAAACUAAUUAAAAUCAUUUUCUUUCUAUACUGCAUAAUAUAAAGAUACCAGUACAUGUAUUUUAAUUAUGUGCCAUUUCUAAAACAACACUCAAUUGCCAAAAGAAGUAACCAAAACUGGUUUAAUUCAGAAUGUUAGCAGUUAUGUUAUUUUUCUAAUUUGUUAAUCCUUUUCAGAAAUGUCUGUAGAACUGGGGAUGCGGGUUGUCCGUGGUCCUGACUGGAAAUGGGGAAACCAGGAUAAUGGAGAGGGCUACGUGGGGACAGUUGUGGAAAUUGGAAGACCCGGUAGUCAGACGUCACCCGACAAGACGGUUGUUGUGCAGUGGGAUUCCGGGGCACGGACAAAUUACAGAGUGGGAUACCAGGGAGCUUAUGACCUGCGUGUUUAUGACAACGCCCCUUGUGGUGAGUUUGGUUUAUUGCUGGUGUGGUUGAGGAUUGCUGAAUAAAAUACAGUUGUGUCAGGAUACUUGAGCUGUUUAGUUUCUUAUUGCUUUGGUGCCUAGGUUUCUUAUGAGCAAACAAGAGUACUGAGCCAAGUGCAUAAGUUAGCUACAUUCCAGAGAGAUUUGCCUUUCCCAUCAACUGCUAUUUAAUUUUAGCUCGUCGUCAAUAGUUUCACCAUACAUUAAUUUCAUUUAACUUUUGUGAGAUCCUCGCACUGUGAAUUAUGACACCAAUCAUACAGCUUGGCACAACUAGCCUGGGGUUUGUAUUGCAGUCCACAUGCUGUUAUUCCAAGCUGUAAUAAAUUACAGUGUGUUAUUAUAAUAUAUUUAUACAAAGUAAACAAAUGUAACUUACUUCCAUGCAGCCUAAAUAUUGGCAGUGACGCCUGUUUGUAUUGUAUCGGUUUAAGAAAUGAAGUUGGUCAAUUUUUUAUGCACAUGCUCCUCAGUUGUCACAUAUCUUCUUUCUUUUAUGAACCAUUUCAUUAAAACUAUUGAGAUUUUUAUAAAAGGCAAGAUUUAAAUCCUUGAAUAAAAAAGAUCCAUUUGUCAGCCUAUCCUGUAUUUUCUGUUUACAGACAUGAUUGUUGGAUUUUUUCAUCUUUGCUUCUUCUGACUUCAGGUGUCAAGCAUACUAAUAUAAUCUGUGAUACUUGCCGCAUACAAGGCAUCCAGGGCAUGAGGUGGAAGUGCACCAAGUGCCACGACUUUGACCUGUGCAUGCUCUGUUACAUGAGUGAGAAACACGACACAUCCCACGCGUUCCUGAGGUUUGACACGGCAACAUCUAAAGGGUGAGACAACUCAGGCUGGACCCAUGACAUUAACCCAUGUGUGCUCACCCGAUGAUUUAGUUAUUUUAAGGGGUAUUGGUUGCCAGGUAGUUUCAGUGUUUCUUUCAGGCGCCCUCACCCCAACCCCACAAAUCCCCCGCUUCCCAAAAUCGAUUAAAAUUACCGCCCAAUCAGAUAAAAUUCUAUUCUUUUAACUUAGUAAUAUAAAAAAUUUGCUUAGAUUGAUCCCCUGCCUAACUUUCCCCUCCACCCCAAGGAGUGACACCCUGAAUCAAAUUUCUAUAGCAGAAACGCUGCAUGAUUAUGAAAUAGAGAAAUAGUGGUUUGAAGUAAUUUUUAAAGUAAUGUCUAGGGAAACUUUGUAUCUAAAAAUUACAAUAUGUCAAUUAACUUAUGAGUCUGAUUUUGUUCAUUUAGUGGUCUAGUUUCACAUUCAAAUGUUCAAGUUUGCUUAUGAACUGAUAGUCCACAGCUUUGUCUCAAGUCCGCUGUAAUACUUUGGUGCAUUUGAGAAAGAAGAAUGGAAAGAAUGAUUAUGUGACUAGUUGAUUUAACAAAAUCUUGAAGUCAGGGUGAUGAAGCUGGUGGCAUAUUGUGAAAUAAAUUCUGUAUCUUUUUACCAACGUCCAACAUAGACACAGACCUGCUUACUCUUAAGAUUCUGGCAUAGAAUGUACAAUUUUGAGAUGUCUUUUAUGGUUGUAUGAGGGGACCUGUCGGAACAAUGAUUUUAAGAGAUUGGGUUGAAAAAAUAUAUUCCAAAAUGCAUUUUCGGUUGUUAGUUUUAGCUCCUUUCUACAUCGGGCAAUGAAUGGACAAGAAAUACGAUUGGCUGGGGACCAUCCAUAAUUCUAUAACGUACACAUCAAGAGGGGAAGUGGGGCAUGGUGUAGGAGCGUUUGGCUGUGCAUAUGAGGGGGUGGAGGAAGGCUAAGCUUUAAACCUCCUUCCCCCCCCCCCCCCCCCCCCACUUUGACCUGGGUGGCUUGGCUCCCCCACCCCUAGCUUUUUCUAUCAAAAUGGCAAUGUUGGCCACCUUUUUAUUCACAAUAAAUAUAUAAACAUCAUUAAUCAACUUUAGGGAAUGGCCUUUUAUAGACAUGCAAUGCCAAUGAUUAUUGUAUACGUUAUAAUGUAAGUUUAUUUAUUUACUAUUCUGAAAUGAUAUUGUAAUAUUUUGGGAGUUCCAGGGUAACCAGGUCUAGGGACAAUUUUUUUUUCUUCAGAAAAGAAUUCCCUAAUUUUCAUUUCAGUUAAUCAAUGCAAAUAGUCUCAACUUUAUUUUGCUUGCUAUUGUCUUGAUAUAUUUUUCCUAGCUAAAAUUUCAAUAACUUUUAAAAUAAAAUUCUUAACUUCCAGAGCUAAGGUUCCCAAGCGUUGUAACAGUCUUGGCCAGAAAGUAGUUGCCCUUGGCAUUUAUUCUGGUGCUAAAGUCAGUAGGGGCCCUGACUGGGACUGGGGGAAUCAAGAUGGUGAGUAACACCACAUCACUGUACGUUUUUACCUCAUGUAAGUCAUAGUGCCAUACAAAUACAAUCGGGUAUAUAUAUAGAUAUAUAUUGUGUAAUUUACCAUUAAGCACCAAAAAAAAAAGUCGCUUUUAAUUUCAACUGUUUCAUUCGCUUUUCAAACUGGAUUGGCUACUUUUUUAAUCAUAUCUCAGCCAAAGAACUUUCAGAGAGUAAUUUAGUAAAAACCAUACAUUUUGUUGAAAAUGAACAGCGCUCAUCACAAUGUGACUGUCUUGUAUUCAUAGGAGGUGAAGGGAAAGUGGGGAAGGUCACAGACAUACGAGGCUGGGACUCUGAGUCUGGUCGAAGUGUCGCCCACGUGACAUGGUCCUCUGGUUCCACCAAUGUGUAUCGUAUGGGACACAAAGGAAAGGUCGACCUCAAGUUUAUACACGCAACAUCUGGGGGGACCUACUUUCGGGACCAUUUACCUGUCUUAGGUAAGUCAUUACCCACUUAAGGUGGUUCACAAAGGAUGGAUUAUUGACAUUCAUGUAACAGCCGCUGACCUUUACUUUAAGGCAGCAUUGGUCUAGGGAGAGUCUCACCACAGCCUGUAGGCCUGGGACAUGGGGACAGUAGUUAUUGGUCUAGGGAGAGUCUCACCACAGCCUGUAGGCCUGGGACAUGGUGACAGUAGUUAUUGGUCUAGGGAGAGUCUCACCACAGCCUGUAGGCCUGGGACAUGGUGACAGUAGUUAUUGGUCUAGGGAGAGUCUCACCACAGCCUGUAGGCCUGGGACAUGGUGACAGUAGUUAUUGGUCUAGGGAGAGUCUCACCACAGCCUGUAGGCCUGGGACAUGGUGACAGUAGUUAUUGGUCUAGGGAGAGUCUCACCACAGCCUGUAGGCCUGGGACAUGGUGACAGUAGUUAUUGGUCUAGGGAGAGUCUCACCACAGCCUGUAGGCCUGGGACAUGGUGACAGUAGUUAUUGGUCUAGGGAGAGUCUCACCACAGCCUGUAGGCCUGGGACAUGGUGACAGUAGUUAUUGGUCUAGGGAGAGUCUCACAACAGCCUGUUGGUCUGGGACAUGGUGACAGUAGUUUAUAUCAAGGCCACCUGCAGGGUCUUGUUGUUAACUGUAUCAUCUUAUUGUUACCUGUAUAUUCUGCUUGACAGGGGAAUUUGUUGAAUUGGAGGGCCCCAUCACACCUAGUCAGUUCAAAGUGGGAGACAAAGUGCGCUGUGACCUGGAAGUGGAAAUACUCAAACAGAUGCAGGAAGGUCAUGGUGGCUGGAAUCCUCGAAUGGCCGAGGUAAGUUUCAGCUUUGAAACUUUCUUUAAAAAAGAUGUUGAUGACGUUUUUGUUACAGCAGGAUUGAACAAGAUAGAUGUUUAAACUUGAGGGAUUUGAGCAUGGGGUCCAGCGGGUUCGAUUUGAGAGACCUGCCAGUCAUGUGGAGUGAUGACAAGGAAAGAGCUUUUGGUGGUGAAAAUAGCACACAUGGAUCACAAUCUUUUUAAGCAAACACUUUUGAAACCAUUGAGGAGCCUGCACACUUUUCAAUAUGGCAAUGAGUUGUGCAAAUAGGGAGAUGGGGAUGUUUCAUUGGGCAUGGCUUGGUAGACAGCACUAGAUUCAUAAGUUGCAGCAAACUUGUUUUUCUUGAUGUAGAUGGGUAUAAUUUGAAAUAGGUAAAUUGAGGAUCAACUAUACUCCAUUUGAUUGAAAACACUGCCAAAUCAGCUCCAAGACAGAGCAGAUCUUACAAAAUAUCAGCUUUGUAUCACUACCUUAACAAUAUAUUAUAUCAUGAGUUCAAUGUGAUGACUAAACCAAACUAAUUUUUUACAAAUGAAACAUAUAAUUAUUUAGUUAAUUGAAAGUGGGGGGAAAAAAAUCUUUAUGGCAUGGAUCAGAUAUAGUGUUACGACAUGGAUCAUAUAUAGUGUUAGAACAUGGAUCAUAUAUAGUGUUAGAACAUGCAUCAGAUAUAAUGUUAGGACAUGGAUCAUACAUAGUGUUAGAACAUGCAUCAGAUAUAAUGUUAUGACAUGGAUCAUAUAUAAUGUUAGGACAUGUAUCAUAUAUAAUGUUAGGACAUGCAUCAGAUAUAAUGUUAGGACAUGGAUCAUAUAUAAUGUUAGGACAUGGAUCAGAUAUUGUGUUAGGACAUAGAUCAGAUAUAGUGCUAGAACAUGUAUCAGAUAUAGUGUUAGGACAUAGAUCAGAUAUAAUGUUAGGACAUAGAUCAGAGAUUGUGUUAGGACAUAGAUCAGAUAUAAUGUUAGGACAUAGAUCAGAUAUAAUGUUAGAACAUGUAUCAGAUAUAAUGUUUGGACAUAGAUCAGAUAUAAUGUUAGAACAUGUAUCAGAUAUAAGGUUAGAACAUGUAUCAGAUAUAAUGUUAGGACAUAGAUCAAAUAUAGUGUUUAUUUCCCCCCAGUAUAUCAACAAAGUUGGGGCAGUACAUCGUAUCACAGACCGAGGGGAUGUCAGGGUGCAGUAUGAAGGUUGUGUUAACAGAUGGACCUUUCACACAGAUGCGCUGACCAAGGUAUUGCAUUGAUAGCUAACAUUUUAAAGAACUUUUGUCAUCAUAACAUGUUGGUUUAUUUUAUAAAUGCUCUUAAAAUAUUAAUAUAAUAUACAUGUUGAAUAAUAAAAUCAUUUCUUAAAAGAAAAGAGUUAACAGUGAAUAAUAAACAAAUUCCUGGAAUGAAUUUGUCUUGAGCUAUAACUUUAAUUGACCUUUGAAACCUUUUAAUUUCAUUUUCUAUAAAUGCAACUAAUGUAGGCCUACAUCUGAAGUAAGUUUAUGGGCCUUUAGAAAAGGUAACUUCUCUUGACCAGAACAUAAUUUAAAUAAUUUAAAAGUAUUUUUAGAGUCUCUGUUAGACUAUAACUAAACAUUACUUUAGGUUCACAUGUUCCACACGGAUGACUUUGUCAAAAUCUCUGAGAACCUGCUUCUGGUGAAAGAGUGGCAAGCAGGACAUGGGGAAUGGACAGACGUCAUGAAAAAUGUAAGUGGACCUUCGGGGUCAGUAGACCUUUUUUUUUAUAGUAAAGAAUAUUUAACUCUGUGCAGUGCGGUGUUGAUUUUUUUUUUUUUUUGUUUUUUUUAGGUCAUCUGGCAUAAUAUGAUACCAUAAAAAGAGUAGUUAAUCAAUACCCAUCAUGUUAGUUAUAGAAUUGUUCAGCAAUGAAUGGGGAUUCAUAUUUUAUAAAAAGUUCUUGAAAAUGGUUGUAUUUGUUUCAAUGAAGAAUUCUUUACACAAACAACCUAUUGUGAGAAGGGGAAAAAAAAACCAAUAGAAGAAAUAGUUCAAAUUUAUUGGUAUAUUCUGCGAUAUAAUAUACAAAAUUUAAAAAAAAAAAAGAAUUUUACAAAUACAACCAUUAGAUAUUUAUCUUUUAAACUUUAAAUUUCAUAAAUUAAAUCAUUUUCUUACAAUAAUAAUUUUAAAAAAAUAAAAAAUAAUCAUUAUAAAAAAUAAAAAAAAAAGAAUUCUUUACACAAACAACCUAUUGUGAGAAGGGGAAAAAAAAACCAAUAGAAGAAAUAGUUCAAAUUUAUUGGUAUAUUCUGCGAUAUAAUAUACAAAAUUUAAAAAAAAAAAAAGAAUUUUACAAAUACAACCAUUCGAUAUUUAUCUUUUGAACUUUAAAUUUCAUAAAUUAAAUCAUUUUCUUACGAUAAUAAUUUUAACAAAAUAAAAAAUAAGCAUUUUAAAAAAUAAAAAAAAAUAAUUUAAACAAAAAAAUUUAGUUAGCUCCAACCCCUUCCCAGUAAAACCAUUAAAUUUCUCUCCAGUGAGAACAGAACAUACAGAGGUUAUGGACAAAUAGUUAGAACAUACAGAGGUCAUGGACAAAUAGUUAGAACAUACAGAGGUCAUGGACAAAUGACCACUGUUUGAAGCAUUUCUGCUUGGGCUUAAGUUUUUCAAGGAUAAUAGAUGUAUUUUGGGAAUUCCCAAAUGGAGAUAAAUUUGAUGAAACUCUAAGAGAUCUCAUUCAAGGGGCUUGGGCUCAUUGUUCCCCCUGUACUGAAUUGUAACUUCAAAGCCAAAGGGUUGAGAUUCCCUGUUGGAUGACGAUGUUAAUUCUCAGUUUGCUUAUUUAUUACAGACCCUAGGAAAAACUGGCAUUGUGAAGAAAGUCUACGCCGAUGGAGAUCUGCGGGUAUCCGUUGCCAAUCAGGAGUGGACAUUCAACCCAUUGUGUUGCACACUUGUGCCUCACGGGGCCGAAGACAUGAACAACACACUUGGUUCAUCACAUGACCAGAGGACGGCUAUGCGUAAGUUGUGAAAAGAUCAUAGGCCUGCCAAAUGUAACAUGGUUUUUUCUCUCAUUUAGCUGUCACAAGGUCAAAGAACAGCCAUUCAUUUAUCUCUGUCACAAGGUCAAAGAACAGCCAUUCAUUUAGCUCUGACACAAGGUCAAAGUACAGCCAUUCAUUUAGCUCUGUCACAAGUUCAAAAAUCAGCCAUUCAUUUAGCUCUGUCACAAGGUCAAAGAACAGCCAUCAAUUUAGCUCUGUCACAAGGUCUUAUGGUUAGCUCUUGUUUUCUAUCAUUGUUUUUGUUUCUGCCCGUGUAAAUAAACUUACCUUUAUUCCAGCGGCCUUCACAUCCAUCCUGGAGCAAUUGGCAGAGCUGCGCUCAUCUCAUGGUCAGGAGACAGGUCCAGACAGGCUGGUCAGAGAGGCAGCCCAAGGUCACGUAGAGGUUGUUAGGGACAUUCUUUCAAAAUAUCCAGACAAGGUCAGUGAAUAGUAGCAUUUCAGAUUGUUUAAAAGAUCAUGAUGAAAGCAAUCGGUGUGGACUGUUGCUAUGGCCACUUAGAAAUAUCUACCUCAGUGCUGUCCAACCCACCUGCCAUCAACUGAUUUUAAAUGGCCCGAGCUUGAGAAAUGUUUAUGAUGUAUGUAAAAUAAAAUAUUUUCAAUCCACAUUCACUGAUUCAGCAUUGUAAGGAAACUAGGAGAGAGCACAGGUUAAAGCAGGUGGUGUGGUACCAUGCUGUUAAAGCAGGUGGUCUAGCCCGGUAUGGGAGGGGAGAGUCCAUCCUGUAGUGUUAUGACAUUGUGGACAAGGAUCUGCCAUUCAGAGACCUGGAGACAUUUAAAGAGUAUAAAUCAGAAGACUUUUGGUUUUUGUGUGGUUAGUGCAAUUCACCCAGGUGGCAAUUGUGACAGACAGUAGGAACAAUUCUUCAAAGUCUUUUUUUUUUUAUAUAAGCAACAGACCUGCCAACCCUUCCGAUUUUGUCGGAAUUAUAUAGAUUUUUUACCCCUUAUUCCGACCUUCCGACAAACCCCUUAAAAUUUGGAUUUUCUGAACAUUCUAAUUUUUCACCUGUCAUAAAAAUCCAAAAGCGACAACAAAAAAAAGAAAGAAAGAAAAAAAUCUGGUAGCACAGGAAGUGGUGCAUUUCGAUGAUGCCACUUUCUUUGUCUACAUGUCCGGCGACCAGACGAAUAAGUUCUCAGCCUUUUCACGUGACUGCUAAUAGUGGAUCAGAGUUUACAGUACUUCAUUUAAACAAAUUCAAGAUAGUCUGGACAUUUACAUGAAAAAGAAACAUGUUCAAUUCUACAUGAGAAAUUCUAGAACCAUUGCUGGUAUAUAUAAUGAACACAUGGUUGAAAAGUGACAAUGUUAAAUAAAGCGUGACAUGCCCGCCGGAUGAAUAUCUCCAGUCGCCGGACUGCCUUGUUUUUAUCGAAGGGAACUGGGAUCUCCAAAUUAUUCUUCAAUCAUCAAUUGAUCCGAUCGGGAUUCAUCCUUUUACGAGGCUAAAAAAAUAAUCCGGCUGUGUUGUGACCUUUUUUUUUUUUUGUUAAAGAUUUUCUUAAUUAAAUGGAUAAAUCUUUUGAAAGUGGUGGAUACAAUGAUAUUAAUAAACAUAUUUUAACACAAAAACAUACAACGGCAGCUAAAAGCAGUGAAUAGGGAUCUCCAAAUUAUUCUUCAAUCAUCAAUUGAUCCGAUCGGGAUUCAUCCUUUUACGAGGCUAAAAAAAUAAUCCGGCUGUGUUGUGACCUUUUUUUUUUUUUUGUUAAAGAUUUUCUUAAUUAAAUGGAUAAAUCUAUUGAAAGUGGUGGAUACAAUGAUAUUAAUAAACAUAUUUUAACACAAAAACAUACAACUGCAGCUAAAAGCAGUGAAUCUACGACAUCCAAGUCUAAUUUCUUUGCUAAGGAUCGGACGAUUCAGUUAUCAGAUCAGAAGUUUUAUUUACCAUCUUUCUUAUAGAAGGGAAUAUUUCUCUAGCCAACUCCAAUCAUUUUAACGCCACAGUCAACGAAGUGUUUCCAGACUUGCAGAUUGAUAGAAAGUAUGUUUGUGGUCGCACUAAAACAACGGGGAUUGUCCACACCCUUGCUCGAGAGUCAACGCAAGCCUGAAAGUUGAUAAUCUUUCUAACUUGCUUGUAACUAAAAUCAAUUGCCAUGCUAACCUUCAGUUGUCCAAAGAGCUGUUGGACAAGUGCAAAAAGGCCACUAGAAAUAUGCUAAAGAACUGAACUCUUAUGUACAUAUCUAAAUAAAAUGGAUCCUCUGUUGUGUAUAUAUCUGUAUGUAAACAUUUCCAGUAAAGUUUUUUCUCAUGUUCUGUGGACUCUUCAGACAAUGGAGGUAACUUUAUAUUUCUUUAUUUACUUAAAAAAAAGGCUUGUGGCACUCGUGUAUUGGUAUGUAGAUCUUAAACCAGCCCCCCCCCCCUCUCCCCCCGUCACCCCCCUACAGAUUGUUUUUCUUGGCAGGUCUGAAGCAAACAUAAGAAGGAAUCCUUGAUGAUGUAUGUUUCUUCAUAUGAAUUUCCACAACUUUAGAAAUAAUGUAACAAAAUUUAACCAUGUUUUUAGAAGCACCUACGUCAGUGAAGCUGGAUUCUCUGUAAUGACUUAUAAAACACGUAACGCUUUGAAUGGUGAACAUUUCUGAAAUCUAAUGAGGAGCAGUUGCUGCUGAAAAAUAUUACGUUUAGAAAAUUGCAAGGACCAUUCAAAGCAAAAUAUAUCAUGAAAGAAGCGCUAUAGUUUUUAUUGGCGUUAUUUAUAUUAUUGAUGAUCUGAGACGGAAGGAUCCCGAUAGAUCUGAUAAUGAUAUUGGAUUUAUGAUUUUUUUAUGUUAUAGUAUUUAUGAUUCUUUAUGCAUAUGGUAAGAAGAAGAAUUUUUUAAAAGUAUUUUUGUUUAAAUUAAAAAAAUUUCUUUUUAGACGGGAAAAUAUUGUUUGGCCCAAGGAGUCAAAAAGGUUGGACGGCUCUGAUCUCUAUAAAGAUAUAAAUUGAAAUCAUUUAUUAGCAGAAAAAAAUCUAUAAAUAAAAAUGUUAUUUAAAAAAGGUAAACAAAGACUUUCACCUGCAUCUAAAGUGAGUUUAAACUUAUUCAGAUUUUGAAAAAUGCUUUGAAGGAAACUGACUUAAAUGAUUUUGGUUCAUAUGUUAUAAAACCAUACGAUUUUGGUUCAUGCAAAAGUGAAGGUGUGACUCAAUUCUAAAUCUGGUUGAGGUUGUAAACACGGAAACACCAGGUGCAUUCUAAGGACUUUGUUGUCAAGUUAGCGUCCACUAAACCUCUAGUUUGUUGUACCAUCAGGUUGAUCAACAAAGUUCGGGUAAAACUGCCCUGCAGGUUGCCAGUCACCAGGGCCACAGGGACAUUGUCCAAACCCUGUUGAACGCCAGAGCCAGCCUGGAGGCCAAAGACGAGGAUGGGGACACGGCCCUGCAUUAUUCAGCUUUUGGGUAGGUCCAUCUUAUCAUGCUGGUCUGCUUUUAGGACAAGGUUCCUCAGUGGAUUGAAACACUAUAAAUGAAAGUGUUUGGGGGACAGUGGUCACAUCUGCCAUUUAUGGAUCUGAGGAGGGCAUCCCAUUCAUUACUAUAAAACUAUACACAAUGACAAAGGAAGCGUUCCAAGUGAGCUGUUUGAGAUCCUCUCAUGUCUCACAAGGGGCAAGGGCAACCCUCGGUAUCUAGUCACCUGGAGGGGGAAUGGUCAAGUUACCUUCUAAGAGAUUCAUACAGCCCACUACCCAGCACACCCUUCAAAGCCAAAAGUUCAGUGGGCGGGUCAAAACAUUCAAUUAUUGGUUUUCUAGAUACCAAAACAGAACAAUUAACAAUGGGGGGGGGGGGGGGGUUUGUUGUUUGCAAAUUUAAUGGUUUUGUUUUUUUUGGUUUUGUUUUUUUAGCCAGAUUUUACCUCCUUUCCAAGAAGAGCUUCCAUACAGGACUGCCAACCCACACAAUCCUGCAAGUUUACCAUUCAAUCCUGCAAUUUUCCCAUUUAUUCCUGCAAUUUUCCCACUUAGUCCUGUUCUUUGCCCAUUCAAUCCUUCAAUUUUCCCCACUCAAUUCUGUUAUUUCCCCAUUCAAUUCUAUCUUGUCCUCAUGUAGCAACCAGCCAGAAGUCAUGCGUCAGCUGCUGGAGAAGAAAGCUGAUGUUGACUCACUGAACAACGGUGGCUGUAGCACCCUCCAUGUAGCAGUCAACAAACAGCACCAGGAGUGUGUCAGAGUCUUACUUAACUGGGGAUGCAAUGUCAACAUUCAGGUACAAUUUACUGGGGCUGCAAUGUCAAUAUUCAGGUACAAUUUACUGGGGCUGUAAUGUCAACAUUCAUGUACAAUUUACUGGAGUUGCAACGUCAACGUUCAGGUACAAGUAAGCAGGGCUGUAAUGUCAACAUACAGGUAAUCAAAGGUGUUAUAUUUAAGACAAUGCAACUCAAAUUAUAGUUUCUUACAGUAAUCUCUCCUUCACUAACACCUAAGUUUACCAGUGACACCAAUUAAAAUAAUGGUUUAAAACUCUCGUGAUAAUAGUUAAUGACUGGUUAAACUUUGCUGAAAAUUCCCCCAUCAUUUCAGGAUGCCUAUGGGGACACAGCAUUGCAUGACGCCAUUGGUAAAGAGAACCAUGUCAUCAUUGAAAUGUUGGUCAACUAUGACAAGAUUGACUUCACGCUGAGAAACAAGAGGGGUUUUAAUGUGUUACAUCAUGCGGCACUUAAGGGAAAUGUCUUGUGAGUUGUUGGCAGGGAAGUGGUUUUUGUGUGUUGGCAGGGAAGUUUUUUUUGUAUGCUUGACGGGGAAAUUUUUUGUGUGCUAUUGGCAGGGAAUUUUUUUGUAUUCUUGAUAGGGACAUUUUUUGUGUGCUAUUGGCAGGGAAUUUUUUGUAUGCUAUUGGCAGGGAAAUGUUUUGUAAGUUUGUCAUCACUGCAUCAGGGAAAUAUGCUUAAGUCAUUGUUGUGUCCUGAUAGGACUUUUCAUCUGGACUCAGCGCCAGGUCUUAGAUGUUGAAAUGAUAUUUGCUUUUUCUUAUUGUUUUGUUUUGUUGUGUACAUAUUUACUUAAAUUAAUGUAAAAUGUUUUUGUUUCUGAAGUAUUUGCUAACAUAAAUAAUAAUUUAUUUUUUUUGUAUAACAUAGUGCAACAGAAAAAAUUCUCCAAAAAUGUGGCCAAAUUGUAGACUUAAAGAAAGAUGAUGGCUUCUCCUCACUGCACCUGGCCGCCCUGAAUGGUCACAAAGAUGUUGCCGCUACAUUGCUGCAGGUACACAAGCUAGGACCAGACUCAUCCAAAACUAGUCUGUAGUUCAUGGGCUUAGGCCUUUUCAAUCAGUUUUUAUUCUCUUAUAUUUCUGGUUUGCAGAAUGCUACAGAGAUGAAAUUGAACACGUAGCCCGCUUUCAAGGGACCUGUUAAACAGUAUAUUAUGUUGUCAAAUUUUCAAAAAAAUUGUUAGGAUGUCAAUGUAUUAAGACAUCACUUCCAUUUAACAAUAAUGCAGCCAUGUUUAGAAAAUAACCAUUUUGUGGUCUACAUCUCACAGUACGGGGCCGAAAUUGAAAUUCGAAACAACCGCCAGCAGACCCCUCUCCUCCUGGCUGUAUCCCAAGGCCACACGUCCAUCAUUGAGCUGCUAGUCGGCAAAGGAGGUAAUGUCAAUGUAAUGGACGAGGACGGGGACACCUGCCUGCACCUGGCUCUCAUGAGGCAGACAGUAGCCACAGAGAAGGACCACUCACCCAUGCUGGAUGCUGUAAGUAACAGAUUGUUGGAAAUAAUUGCUCAGGUCAAUGUCGAUCAGAAUAUGAAAUGGACAAAUAGUGGGGUGGCAUUGACUUGGCAGAAUGAUGAGGCAAAUAGUAGGGUGGCAUUGACUUGGCAGAAUGAUGAGGCAAAUAGUGGGGUGGCUUUGACUUGGCAGAAUGAUGAGGCAAAUAGUGGGGUGGCAUUGACUUGGCAGAAUGAUGAGGCAAAUAGUGGGGUGGCAUUGACUUGGCAGAAUGAUGAGGCAAAUAGUGGGGUGGCUUUGACUUGGCAGAAUGAUGAGGCAAAUAGUGGGGUGGCAUUGACUUGGCAGAAUGAUGAGCCAAAUAGUGGGGUGGAAUUGACUUGGCAGAAUAAUGAGGCAAAUAGUGGGGUGGAAUUGACUUGGUAGAAUAAUGAGGCAAAUAGUGGGGUGGAAUUGACUUGGCAGAAUAAUGAGGCAAAUAGUGGGGUGGAAUUGACUUGGCAGAAUAAUGAGGAAAAUAGUGGGGAGGCAUUGACUUGGCAGAAUAAUGAGGCAAAUAUUGGGCUGGAAUCAACUUGGCAGAAUAAUUAGGCAAAUAGUGGGGUGGAAUUGACUUGGCAGAAUAAUGAGGCAAAUAUUGGGGUGGCAUGUACUGGGCAGAAUGAUGCGGUAAAUAGCCUGAUCUGAUGCAUAUUAUUAUUAUUAGACUGAACUAAUGGAUAGAGUUUAAUAUUAUCCAUUUUGACUUUUCUUCCCAAGAUACGCAACCAGCUGGGUAUGGGAGAAAAAGAGGACCAGAAUGGUGCUGCCAUUGCUUGUUACCUGGCGCAGCAAGGUGCUAGUCUGGACAAGAAGAAUCACCAGGGGAAGACACCCUUGGAUAUCAUUAAUGAUGUGAAGAUCUCAGAGGUCGUACAGCAAUUUGCCAGUGCAUUGUACGUCAUACAAUUAAUUGUAGAUUUUUGUUGUUCUUCUCAUAGUCAUUGUAGAUACUAUUUUUUGUGUACUACUCGUAACCAUUGUAAAUAUUCCUUGUACAUUUUAUUACCAUUGUAAACAUUUGUCAUGAAAUGACUAACGUAACUACUGGAAAUUUUUUGAACCGUUCCCAGCACCCUGAAACAGCAGAAGAACAAUCAGCAGAAACUGAAGCAGGUCGUGCAGGAAUGCGAGGUCUGUUGCAACGUGACCACCCUGGUGACCUUUCAGCCCUGCGGCCACAAUGUUGCCUGUGAUGAGUGCUGCGUGAAAAUGAAGAAGUGCUUGAAAUGUAAAGAGCUGAUUGAAGGCAGGUUAACACAAGGUGGGUUGGUGGUGAGACAUGAUGAGGGCUGUCAUACACAUGAGCUAUUAUAUCCAGUGGCGUAGCUAGGGUUGGUGUCACCCGGUGCGGUAAACUCAUGGUGCCCCCCCCCCCCCCCCCCCAACCAUUACUAUGUAAUUUUUUAUAUAGCAUCAACCUUGAACUUUUAAUAAAGCACGCAUUUGGAUUGGUUAAAUUUGUGAAAAAUAUAUGUGUGAUCGGUUAUUCUUUUAUGAAUCUCGGUUUUUGCGAGCAAUGUGUGCCCUGUAAAUAUGCAAUUUUUCAAUCGGGUGUCACCCCUAAAAUGGUGUCACCCGGUGCAGGCCGCACCCCCCGCACCUGCCUCGCUAAGCCACUGAUUAUAUCCACAUUCACUUAUAAGCUAUUUGAAAAAAUAAAAAGUUAACAGCCACCCAAUAAAGAAAAAUGUAUUUUAAAAGAUUAAAAUUCACUUCAAGGUAAAAUAAAUAACCUAAUUAUAAAGCUUGUUGUAAAAUAGAUGACCAUAUAUUACCACAAGUGUAAAUAGAUGACCAUAUAUUACCACAAGUGUAAAUAGAUGACCAUAUAUUACCACAAGUGUAAAUAGAUGACCAUAUAUUACCACAAGUGUAAAUAGAUGACCAUAUAUUACCACAAGUGUAAAUAGAUGACCAUAUAUUACCACAAGUGUAAAUAGAUGACCAUAUAUUACCACAAGGUAAAAAAAGGCAGUUUAAAAUUAGGGGUAUGCAUAAUACAUGCCUGUAACACAAUUUUUCAUUGCCAUUAAAUGAUACAUACUUAUACCCUAUAUACCCAAAUACUAUGGCUCACUCAUGGUGACUGGGCGCACAUCUGCACACAACACCAGUAAUAUCAGUAGCCCCCUGUGAUAGGAUAUUGACUUAGUUGAAUCUAAGUGACCAAAAUUCAUUUGAAAAUUAUUAUAUUUGUUUAACCCAUUUGCUACCAUUUGGACCAAAUGCGUCAUACCACCUAGCAGCAUCCAUAGACCGGUUGGUCUUGUGAGGAGCGAUGUUUCCUUGCGAAUUGCAUUGGAAUACUUUAGGAAGUUGGGUGAUUUCAUUUUUUUUUUUAAACAGAGAAUUUAUUGUUUUGGUAUUUUAGUGGGAUUGCUGGUUGAGUGACUAAUUUAAUACAAAUCUACAUUCAAGGAUAAUGCCGGCAAUGAAGAUAAGUCAGAUAUUGACAUGGAUUAUAUAAAAAAUACUGAGAAUAAUAAUCGACUUCGAAGAAUGAUACUGGAUGGCUCUGAUGACAAUGUGAUACACUGAUUGUUGGUCAGACAAUUUGACCAGUGUGACUGAUCAGAUGGAAAGAUUUUGAGAGAUAAAAGGUUGCAUUGAUAGCUCUCCAUUUGUUGGCAGUGAAGCAGAUUAUUUCAGACUGUUUAUCUCGACUAAUGAAAAUGAAAUGGUAUAGCUUUACACCAUGGUGGUGAUGGAAAAAAACAGAUAUGCCAUACAUACAGCUGUCACCAAAUGUUGAGACCCCCCACUUGGCAGAACAUGUUGAUGUUGCCAGUGUUAAACUGAUGUUGACAAGGACAGUGGUCCCUAAAAUCACAGCAAACCUAAAAUUGUUGCGGAAAUUUUAAAAAAUUAGAUUUAUUAAUUUACAUCAAAAAUAAUAUUAAAAAGGAUAGAAAAUUAUACAUUUUUAGAAAAUUAAUUUGUUAAAAUUGCAUAUUUGAUUUUUUCUAUUUAUUUUACAAUCAUUUAAUUUGUAUUCUGAUGCAGAGGGUAAAACAUUAAACCCAUCCGAGUUGGCUGCUAGAAACGAAGAGGCUGUGCUUAAGAAGAAACUGCAGGAGCUGGAGGACACCAUUAUUUGCCCCAUCUGCAUGGAGCGCCACCGCAACCGAGUGUUCCAAUGCGGUCACGCCACUUGUGGCGUCUGUGCAGAGUCGUUGAAGAACUGCCCGAUUUGCAGGAAGCAGAUAAAACAGAAGAUCAACUUGUUUUAA